AACCUCAAACGUCAAAAGUUUACGUUAUAAGAAUAAAAAAUAAGGAUUAUUAAGUUUAAAUUAGUACAAAACAUCAAAUUGAAAUGGUACAAAACACCUAUUUUAUGGAAAUAAUAACAGAGAGUAAAAUUACAAUAAAUUUCGACGAGGGUCCCAAUAUAAUUACACAGGAACAGGCUCUAGUUCACCGAGACAUAAAGAGGCAUUUACAAAAUCAUAUUUCUUAUCCUGACAAUGCUGAAGAAGUCGUAACUGGUUUAAAAACUUUAUGUGAGGAUGAAAACUGUUUUAAGAAAGCCCUAAUGUCCACAGUUUUGUCUAAAUCCAUAAAUUCAUCAACACAGGAAAACAUUGAAAACAAAAUUUAUCAAGAUAGUAUUUUUCGUAUUCUUCUUACAGUUGAAUGUUUACAGUCUGAUAUUAUCGAUUUGUUAAUAGAAAACAUAAAGAUUGAAACAUCUAAAGAAUCUGAAGACACCUCAUGGUUGAGGAUUCUUUUACACCCUCUUAAGUAUUUACCAUUCAUCAAAAAUGAAGAAGACUUGGCAGAUAAGAUGACUCAAGCCCUUGAGGGAAGUAAUUAUACAUCACAAUUGGAAAUAAUCAAUGUUCUUCCUGACAUAAUUCCAGAUAGUCAACAUGGUAAAAUUGCCAUCACAUUGUGCAACCUUAUGGACUCAAAUCCAAGCUUAACUGCUGCUAUUGUUGAUUGUCUUAACAGUCUUGAGUUAAAUGAUACCACAAAGUCCAGAAUUCAAGAUAAUGUGCUGACAAUAAUAACAACAAACCCUUCAGCAGACACUUUUCCAGUUCUGUUUGAAUUUCUAAUCUCUGACAACACAUCUCAAGGAAUAACAAAUUGUAUAUCAAAACUAAGGCCUUCUCUGGACACCAUCAUGAGUUCAGCAGAUGACAAUAAGAUAAACAUUCAAUCAAAUAAGGCACUUAUUGUUAAUAAUUUAAAAUCUCUAAUGCUAACAUCAAGACCUUUACGUGAAGGUGUUACUCAUGUAAUCAAUGGAAUUAAGAGGCAUGCUGACCACAAACCAGUUGAUCUUUUAUUACUAAUUCUUUUGUACAACACAGGAAAGAAUGGUAAAACAACAGCAGAAAUAGUACUAAAGAAGAAGAUCAAAAGUGGAUUGUUUAGAACACUACUACUAGAUAAAUUGUUCAGUAACUACUUUGUUCCUGAAAUAAUUAAGGAAUUUUUGGGCACUAUUUUAGAUAUUGCAUCUAGUUUACUCCAACACCAAAGAGAAGACUCUCUACACAGUUUUGCUGAAACUUUACACAACUUAUUAUUCAAUCACAAGUACAUCGACAGGGUUCAAAGACAAGACAUAAUAAACAGCCUGGUUAUCCUGGCCGGAAUAAACGGUCAAAAAUACGCAUCUAGCGUAUUAAACAUUCUAUUGUCUUUCUCUCAAAACAAACCGCUACUAGAAGAGCACACAUUACAGUUGAUGAGCCUGCUGGAACUCCUCGAUUCCUUUGAAUUAAAAGAUGUAAGCAAAGUUUUCGAUUUGUUAUGCGGCCUGACCUGCGGGGAAAAGGUAACUAAUUCGGCUACAGGAUUCAAAGACGAGUUGCACAUGUUGGUACGCAAGCAGUUAUCCAGUAACAAGAAAAAAAUCAAAUACCAAGGCAUCGUUUCGGCCAUUAUGAUGAUAAAACAUAUCGCAGAAACAGCUGAAGGCGACCAGUCAGAUAGGAGUAUUACAGAAUACCACAAUUCAUCCGACGUGUCAACUUUACCUUCAGGGAUUUCCCGAGAAGCUGCGCAACUAUUAAAACUAACGAACACGAACACGCUAAACAAUCCGGAGUACUUGGGACUCUUUUACGACCAAUUAGCCUUCCUCUUAAUGACCACUUUAAAUUUAGAUAAACACUUCUUAGGAUGGUUGUUUGAAUCGAUGACAAACGAUUUUCGUAAAAUAUACUUAACAGAUACUACUCCUGACUCCCUUAACGACAUAACAUUUUCUUUACAAUAUUCUUUAAACAAUCCAGACGAUGUAGACACUCCCUUUGGGGUAAAUAUAGCGGAAUUAACUAUGAAACAGUCGCAUACGACUUCAAUUAUGACACUGUCGCCUCUAUUUAGACUGGUACGACUACUCCAUGAACACGAUCUAACAGCGAUCGAUGCUCUGCUGGGUUGUGGGGUAGUGAUGCCGCUAGUGCAGAAGAUAGACGAUUUUGAUACCCAUCAAAUUAAACACGUAAUCGAUUGCUUGUUCCACUGCAUCAACUGGUUUAGGGAGUUGGUGAGUGCUUUCGUUAGAGAGAAAAGCAGACAAAUACGAUACAUGGUCUUAGAACGAAUCAGUCACAUCAUACAUUUAGAAGAAACGUUACGUGAAUAUUUAAAUUUAGUUCCCGACCAUGUUUUACCCAGAAGUUAUUUUGAUUCGUCCAAAGGCAAUGAAAAAAUUAACCAGAAAAAUGAAAAAAUGAAACCGCCACCGAAAAAGAAAAGCAAAACAUCACCCACCACCCAAACUCUAAACGACACCACCGUCUCUGUCGCUACCCAAGGUUCUAAACCUGGGAACAGAUCAAAUAAAUCAUCUCCAACCAAGAUGAGAAGAUGCAAAAUUAACUUUAGGGAACUAGACACUGACACAAUAUUACCAUUAAGGUACUCUUUAAAAUUUGAAGAAUUUAACAUGUCCACAACGGUAUCUCUUACACAACAACCGACCCUCAACAUCAAACAGUUCAACUUUUUAGUAAGGGACGUCGUAGAAAAAUCUACUGCACUAACUAAACAAAAUUUAUCAGACUUAUCGCACUUCAAAGUAGUAUCAGUUGAAGACUAUAUAACAGACUGUGUCUACAUUCUUCCAAAUAUAAUGAAAAACUUUCAAGCUAUAAACACUGCCCUAGCCCAAUCGAUAGAACAAUGCCACGAUGUUAUCGAUUCACCUGACAUGUUUUCAUCUACUAUGAAAGAUCUACGUUCCUCAUUUGGAAACGUUAUCGAACUGAUAUCGACGUUACUAAACUGGCCUGGGUUUCAAAAUCCUAAAAACAGCAACUUGUUAGACAAUUUUCUUAAAGCACUCCGAAAGGAUUCAUCCGCCUCCACCACAGACGAACGAGCCAUCGAAUUAAGUAGAACGUUUGCAAAAUACUUCAAGCAGUGUCUCUGUCUCUCUUCUGGAACACAUUUGGUGGACAUUUUGAAAGCCCUAUACAUAAUAAAUCCGGACAACGACAUCAAAAAGAAAAUCGCUUUGGUAAGCGAGAAGCUCCUGAUGAAGAAGUGGUACAACUCGAACGGAAUUAAGGAAACGGGGGCGGUUGCAAACGCUCAUAUAAACACCUUGAUCACUAGUUAUCUGGAUGGUAUAUCUGUCGAAAUGCUUUGUGUAUUUGCCAAUUCCAUGGAAGAGGAAGUCACUGGACUAAUAAGUAAAAAUGAUCAUCUUCCAAAACUACAAAGCAUUGACAAAGGAAACUUUCAUGUCUUAUUCCGGGGCGUUUGCCACGCUCUCCUAGAAGGCGUUAAGAGUGAAGUAGUUUCACUUACUAACAACGAACACUUGGCCCUCUGGAAAAAUACAGCUCUCACAAUGCAAGGCCUCAUCACAAUUGCCAAGCACCAAGAAAACAAAACAAAUCUUCACAUCUUUUUAAAAAAAUCGAUAGCCAUCUUAAAAGUUUUCUUGUCACACGGGAUCCCCAUCUUGGAAAUAAUGCUUCGAUCGAAGACUGACGACGUCUUAGAAAUAUUCAAGAUCAUUCAGAGGAGCACGAGAUUCCUACACCAUCUCUGCUGCACCUCGAAAGUUGCCAAAGACUUAAGUUUGAUAUCUUACGUGCCUCAAUUUAGACUCACCCUCGAAUCAUUGUUAGUCAGGGUUAAAGCUGCUCUGGUAGCGAACAAUUGUUCGUCAGCGUUCUGGUUGGGAACUUUGAAGAACAGGGACCUUCAAGGAGAGGAUAUUCUAACCCAAAGUUCGAUAGGUAGUGAAGAAAGCAGCAGCAGACUUCAAAACGAACCAGAUGACGCACUACCACCAGAAGACACCGAUGAAGAAAUAGAAGAAGGUGAACGAAGUGAAGGAGAGGAAAACGGAAGUCUAAGUGAUGCAUAUUAAUAAUUUGUAGAUACUUUAAGAAGAGUUGUUAAUUGACAAAUAUUUUAUGUUUAUAUGUUAGAAAUAUUGUUUAUUUUGAAGAAAUUCACUUUUUAUAUACUUUACCGGUAUAACAUUUUCAAUAU